AUGGGAUGCAUUCGGAGCAAACCGAUUCAUCGUCUGGAUGAAAUCGAGGAUGAGUACGUCUUCGAUAGCCUCGAUGAAUCUCAGUCUACUGGAUGCCAACUGAGCAUCGUCGAAAGUAAAUCCAAUGAGAACUCCUCUGACGUCAGGAGCCUUCCAGAGGAGAUGGAUAUUGAAAAUGAUUAUCAUGUUGCGAUCACCCAACGGAUCGUUUCCACCUCAAACGACAACGAGGAGAAAUCUUCUGAUGAUGUUAUGACAGAGAGAGUAAAACUCAUCAAGGACAUUGCCGAUCUUCAGAUGGCUGAUUUAAGAAUGGCAAGGGAAAGGUUUCACAGAACCAUUAUCCAAAGAGAUGCCAGGAAAGUAGUUGCGUUACUGAAGAGGCAGCCAUUCACUGAAGACACACAGAUUGAUGGGGAGAACGAAUCUUCUGCAAAGAAAGUUGCAAUGUGGCAAUUGGAAGAGGAGAAGGAGCAGAAGAAAGAGGAGGAGGAGACUGAGGAGGAGGGGAAGAAGGAGACUAAGGAAGAGGGGAAUGAGCAAGAGGAGGAGGAAGGGAAGAGCCUUUCCGAAGACACAGCUGUACCCGAAUUUAGAUAUUUUCAGGAUAUCGUCGCCUCUCAGAUGGAAGAACUGAGAGGUGCUCGGGAGAGACUUCAUCGAUGCGUUAUUAUGAGAAACGCUAUGAAAGUGGUGGAUGAACUGAGGAGACAGUCUACGAGUGAUGCGGAGGAGGAGAAGAAAGAAGAUGAAGAGGAGAUGGAGGAUAAGAACGAAGGAAAGGAAGAGGAGUCUGACAAGGAAGACAAGGAUGACGAGGACGAGGAAGGCGAGAGGGAGGGUGAUAAUAAUGACGACAAGGACGAGAGGGAUGCAAACAAUGGAGACAAUGAUGACGGGGAGCCUCAAGAUGAGGAAAAGGAGGAUAACGAGGGAAAGGAAGAGGAGUCUGACAAGAAAGAUAAGGAUGAGGAGGAUGACGAGGACGAGGAAGGCGAGAGGGAGGAUGACAAUAAUGUUGACGACAAGGACGAGAAGGAUGCAAACAAUGGAGACAAUGAUGACGGAGAGCCUCAAGAUGAGGAAAAGGAGGAUAACGAGGGAAAGGAAGAGGAGUCUGACAAGAAAGAUAAGGAUGAGGAGGAUGACGAGGACGAGGAAGGCGAGAGGGAGGAUGACAAUAAUGUUGACGACAAGGACGAGAAGGAUGCAAACAAUGGAGACAAUGAUGACGGAGAGCCUCAAGAUGAGGAAAAUGAGGAUGAAGAGGAAAAGGAAGAGGAGUCUGACAAGGAAGAUAAAGAUGAGGAGGAUGACGAGGACAAGGAAAACAAGGAGGAUGACAAUGAAGAUGACGAAGGAAAGGAAGAGGAGUCUGACAAGGAGAAUGAGGAUCAGGAGGAUGACGAGGAUAAGGAAAGCAAGGAGGACAAUGAAGAUGACGAAGAAAAGGAAGAGGAGUCUGACAAGGAGAAUGAUGACGAGGAGGAUGAGGGUGACGAGGACGAGGAAAACGAGGAGGAUGACAAUGAAGACGACGAAGGAAAGGAAGAGGAGUCUGACAAGGAGGAUCAGGAGGAUGACGAGGACGAGGAAAGCAAGGAGGAGGAUGACAAUGAAGAUGGUGACGAUGGUGACGAGAAGGAUACAAACAAAGGCGAAAAUGAUGACGGGGAUCCUCGAAAUAAGGAAAAGGAUGAUGACAAGGGGGAGGAAGAGAAGAAGGAAGAGGAGAAUGAAGAGGAGGAUGGAGGGAGCGAUGGAGAGGUGGACGGGGAAGACGAGAAGGGGCUUGAACAGCAGGGGCAGUCUCAUGAUGAAGAAAGAGUUGUUCCCGAUUUCAGCCAUUUUCAGAACAUUGUCCAGGCUGAGAUAGAAGAACUGAGAGCUGCCACAGAGAGAAUACACAGGUGCGUUGUAAGAAGAGACGCAUGUCGAGUAGUGGAGGAACUGAGGGGACUCUCCCUCAGUGAUAAGGACGACGAUGGGGAGGAGGAGAAAGAUACGGACAAAGGACAUGGACAGUAUAAAGGAGAGGAAGAAGAGGAGGAGGAGGAGAUGGACGCCAUCGAAUAG